CCCAUCAGCCCCAUCAGUAGGGCAGUGGGAGCCUUUAAGGAGUUAGAAUGUGCUGCUGCUUCGAAAAAUGGCCCUUGGAGACAGCGCACAAUGACAGGCCCGGUUAUUCUGUCCCAGUGUGCGGCUUCACAGUGUGGCCCGUGGGCUCGCCUUAAUCUUCUGUCCCCUCUUUCCUUGUCUCACUGUGGUGCUGCGAGCCCCAGGGUCCUCCAAUGGCGGCAGCAGCGAGGUGGCUGCUCUUGGCUUAGUUCCUUCAGGGUUAGUAGCAGGCCACCCACGUAAAGCCUUGUGAAUGGGGCUGAGCUCAGUUUCUGUCCCCCAAAUGUGUGCCUGCAGCCCCUGUGCUGUAUAAGACGAGACCUGGCAGACUUCCUCCCUGUGGCUGGAGGUUUUAUUUGAUUGGUAGGGCCUUGUGAAACAUCCUGGUCCCACCAGGGGAUGAAUGAGUCCUUUGUAAUCAGCACGGGAGAAGACAAUGGUUCCUAAAACCGCUGUGCACGAUCUAUGCUGUGCGUGGUGCAUGCCGUUACUGCACACGCAGCUGCCGCUCUGAUCACGCACUUAACACGGUCUGUUUCACACAGACUCGUGUCCAUCUCGUAAGGCGAUUAUUUCUUGAUGAACUCAACUCUACAGAUCACCCCUCACUAAGCGAGGGCCACUUCGAAGAUGUUUUGAGACGUAAUAGUUCUGCCUUUCCAUUGUGGGAAGAGAGGUCAUCCCUAGAAGAGAGCCUGCAGCUGUCUGCUGAGCUGGAAUGUAACUGGAUCUUUUUCCUCUCCAACACCGGAAGGAGCCCGCACCUGACAGCGCCCAUGUAGCCGCCUUUGCAAGGAAGCGAGUGUGGCUGGCUGCCCGUGCGUAGCCGGCUUGGUUGUUUACCACGAUGGCAGAAGAUACAGCGUCUGUACCUAUGUUCCCUCUGUGUGACCUGUGCCGAUUGGCUGACGGCUCGGAGGCUUGUUUGUCUGCCAGGUAUACUGUGAGCAUGACUGCAGAGACCCGGCCUGGCUGUUCCCCGUGCUCAUAGGCGUGAGAGUCCACACACGCACCGCAGGCCUCCCUCCGAGUGCUGUCUGAAAAAUGUUGAUGUCCUGAGGGGAGGAGGGGGUGGUUGUAAGUUGUGGAAGGGCUAAUACUCGUGCAUGUUUGAGUACUAACCAUAAAAAGAUGAAAGGUGUCGAGGCACAGAGCAGAUACUGAUAAUUUGAAAGAAAAUUUGGGUUUUGAAAGCAGAAAACAAAAUGACGUGUGUCAUGCCACACACACACACCCCCCAUUCUUCCUGAAGUCAAAAAUAAAAAAAGGGAACUAUAGUAGAAUAAGAGAGAACUCAGUGAUAGUGAUAUUAAGUCCAGGCUGUUGAAAAGCCAAGUGGCUGUUUACAAAGACUGCCCGUAGAAAUCAGGUCACACUUGGUGUGCACAGACAGUGCCGAGCCCUGCCAGAGACGUCCCCAGAGGCUGUGAGAGGAUGCCUUGUUCUGAAAAGGUGACCGGCAGUCCCGGCUACAACUCCGACUGGCCCUUACAGGCCGUGUGUAACUUGUUCCUCCCUUUGAAAGGAUUGGAACCACCCCCUCCUGGAAACAGAUUCUUCAUCAGAACCCUCUUGGCUUGCUGCAUGUGUUGUGCUUGUAUUUCACUGAAAAGGCUAACGAAGUCCCCAUGCACCAAACCCACUCUCCGCCCACUGGCUUUCAGUGGGCCCCAUCUCAGAGCGGCCCUCUAGGACGGGGUAUACCUGUCCGUUCAAGUCGUUGUUGCCGGAGCAGACCACGCCUUGUCUUUCUUCCAGGGAGCAACCGCUGGGUUCAGUCCGCUGUGUCACCAGGAUAUUACCGUCAGGCUGAAAAGGAGCUGUGACGACAGUCCGGCACGCUUAGCCAGGGGCUGCCUGCAGUGGGAAGACACUUUCUCACUGACCUUAGGUCAUUGGGAGUCGACAUUUUUGUUUAUUCUGCUUUUUAAAAAUGCCCUUUCAUAUCCCCUUGUAUUUGGAGUACAGUGUCAUGAUCCCAGGUUUCUAAGCAGAGUGAGCAAACAGCCCUCUGAGACAGGGGUUACACAUUUUGCCUAGUGUCACCUGAUCCAUUGCUCCGACCCAGUGUUUCUCUGGCAACUACUCUCCGGAGGCACUUGCCAAAGGCCACGGGCCUUCCUUCUGUGCCCACCUGGUGCCGCCUUCUGGUAAUGUAAUCCACCUCAGGCGACUGUCUCUACUUUGGACACGCUCCAAAUGCCUCUGUCUUGCUGGGGGUCCAGCUUCCGGUCCCUGGAGCGCAGACCGGAGCGCAGCCGGCCCCCCGGGAAUAUCUGUGUCGGGUGGCGUGAGGGUGUGGGAGACGCGCCACUUCAGCUGUCUGUGCAUGUGUUCUCUGCUGCAGGCUUACCCAUGCGAUCGUGCCAGGUGACAGACACGAUUCACGCGUUGCCGGUGUCCCCAGGGCUGGGAUCAUGGAUGUAAGUGCUCCCUUGUCUUGGGUGCCCUUGGAGUUUGCUGGCCUUGGGCCACAUGGUCCCGAGUGCCUUCAGCAUCAGCAUUUGCCUGGUGCUUUGGGGGAUUCAUCCAAGGUGGUGCCCCUCGUCCUUUGGGGCUCCUGGACCAUGUGGAGAAGUGACGCCUCGCGUCUACAUGGCCAGGAACAGACUGGAGUGGAGGAAGAGAAAAGAAAAGCCUCCCUAGUUACUCCUUCCCGGGGCCACGUCUGGCUUCCGUCCAGCCGUCAGCAAAGGCCCAACUGCAUUUGGUGGUAUUUUGAUUUCGUGGCAUUUGGUGUAACGGGAUUUAACCUGCAGCCUCUCUCAUGAGAGCGAUGCGGAAGACCCAGGUGAAAGUACCCUCUCCUCAUUUGUAUUUGCUGUCCUCUGUGCCAGGGUACUGCACUGUGUGUUAAAAGCCUUUGAAGAUCAUGUACGUGCAGGCAUUAAUCAUUGCCUUUUGCAGAUAGCUUCUCCACGGACAUGGGUUAUUGAUUCUGUUGACCCUGGCUUGAGCGGGACGGACCCCCGCAGCCUGUGUGUCACAACAGCCUGACGCGCCUGUGGGCUGGGGGCUCCGGAUCUGCUGUGGGGCCUGGCUGCUGUCAGCCACUCGGCGUUCCGGACGGUGCUAGAGUAGCUGGUGUUGCUUAACGAGGCGUUUUUCCCGCCCACACCUUUCACCCUCGGCACAGGUAUUUUUGAUAAAGCUGUGGAGUGGAAAGGUAUGUUUUUGUUUUUUGUUGUCUUUUUUUUUUUUUAGGGGAAUGUUCAAGAAUUUAUCACCGUAACGCUUUUUAAGAGGCUCCUCCCUCAUGUGUCUGACUUGAACAGACUUUAAUUGUAACCACGAGCCACCCUCCUUUUAGAGGCAAUGCUGAUGUGUACAUUUUUUUGACACGCUAGUUAAGUAUUUGCCUGGAAAUACCUUUGCCCAUUCCCUUAUCUUGAACGAUUGUAUGAGGUUGAAGCCCUUUGGGGGGUGGGGGUGGUCUGUGCCACGAAGAAGGUAGUCCCGAUGCUGGUGGUCAGUAACGAUCCAGUUGGUGGCUGUUGUCAGAACCCUGGUUACCAGGGCCCUGCGGUCGCAUUGAGGAAAGUGAAGCAGGCGAGUCCUGUCAUGGACCCACGUGUGCACACAAUCCUCUUUAAUGGUGGCGGGGCUUUCUAAGUAGUCAGUGAUGACGGCCACCAGCGCCUGGGCAUAUGGCUCGUCCCCCCGGCCUGCCUGGCUGAGUCCUCACUGGCCGUGGCGUUCCCAGGUGUGCCCCUGCCCCUGGGCCGGCGUUGGCCUGCAGGACCACGCGGCUCUGUUAGCAGCCAGCCAGCACGACCAUCUUGCUGUAAGACUGCUGGGAAGAGCGUGCUCUGCCUACUGUCCUCCCGCAGUGAAAUUGUUCCGCGGCUCGGGCACGCAGGGUGGCUGGUGAAGCUUCCGCUUUGGUCCCCCGGCACAGCCCUUUCCCCCAAAGAAGCAAAGCUAUCUCUGAGGUGUCGGUACCCGAGGUGGAGAUGUACAGGGUCCCGAGGUGGCUGCCGGUCCUGCCCAUGGGCUUGGUGUGUUUGUAAGCCCUGACUGCCCUGCUGCUGCCACCCGCGUGUUCCCGUCUCACCAGGAGUGUCUGCUUCUCUCGUCCGUAGAGGUCCUGUGAUAAAGAGGAAUCCGAGCAAGCUCAGAGUGGAAAUGAGUUUCAAGGGGCCGAGGCCAUGGUCCUGGAGAGUGUGAUGUUCGCCAUCCUCGCUGAGCGGGCUCUGGGCCCCAAGCUCUAUGGGAUUUUCCCCCAGGGUCGCCUGGAGCAGUUCAUUCCAAGCCGGCGAUUAGACACCGAAGAGUUAAGUUUACCAGACAUUUCUGCAGACAUCGCUGAGAAAAUGGCCACCUUUCAUGGCAUGAAGAUGCCCUUCAACAAGGAACCCAAGUGGCUUUUUGGAACCAUGGAAAAAUACCUCAAUCAGGUGCUGAGAAUUAACUUCACCGGGGACAAGAAAACAAAACUGCACCGACUCCUGAGCUACAACCUGCCUGUGGAAAUGGGGAAGCUGAGAACGCUGCUCGAAUCCACUCCGUCUCCAGUGGUGUUUUGUCACAACGACUGUCAGGAAGGUAACAUCUUGCUGCUGGAUGGCCAGGGCGGCUCUGAGAAGCAGCGGCUGAUGCUCAUCGACUUCGAGUACAGUAGCUACAACUACAGGGGCUUCGACAUUGGCAAUCACUUCUGUGAGUGGAUGUAUGAUUACACCUACGAGAAGUACCCAUUCUUCCACGCCAACCUCCUGCACUACCCUACCCGGAGACAGCAGCUCCAUUUUAUCUCCCACUACUUGGCUGUCUUCCAAAGUGACUUUGAAGCUCUCUGCAGUGAGGAGAAGUCGGCGAUAGAGGAGGCUGUGUUACUGGAGGUCAACAGGUUUGCCCUGGCGUCCCAUUUCUUCUGGGGCCUGUGGUCCAUCAUCCAAGCCAAGAUCUCAUCCAUCGAGUUUGGCUACAUGGACUAUGCCCAGGCCAGGUUUGAUGCCUAUUUUGAUCAGAAGAAGCAGCUCGGGGUGUGACCAGGGGUGGCCUUGCCACCCCUCACCACUGGACCACAUGCUGCGGAGGCAGCUGGGCAGGGCCCCCUGUGCUCUCCUCUCUGGACCUGCGGCAAGAGGGUGCUGUUGAGGCCUGGCUCCAGCGCCCAGCUGUGUAUGAUACUAAAGACUGUAUUCAAACGGAGUAGCCUUUCUUUUACAUCCCGUUCACGACCUCACCAGCCCCGGAAAAGAGCUGGGGCCGCAGAACCCCUGUGCCCGCCGGCCUAGCACCCACCACCUGGGGCUGGGAGCCUGUGGGCAGUGCUGCGUGCUCCUCCCCCCUGGAUGAGCGUGCCAGGACCCUGACGGGCUUGCUCUCCGUCUCUGGGGGGAGAUACCGCUGACUCCGAGGCUUUACCUGGACUGGCUCCCUUGGCCUGCUGCCAGCGGUCACGGGGUGGACGCUACGCCCCUGGCUCUUCUACCUAUCUGGUUACAGGCGGACUUGACUGGCUCAAGCUUUGGCACUGUGUCUCCAGGCCUGCUAACUCCAGCCUUAGGGCAGCCGGCCGUGCUGGCCCCGUGCCCACAUCCUCCCACCCGCACUUGGACCAGGUUGCGACGACCUCAGAGGCACGCCUCGUGGUUCCCUGGGCAUGGCCUCUUGGGUGACCUCCUCCAAAGUGCCCUUCUGUGGUCACUCUGGGGACCAGAGGCCUGCGUGGUAUGCAGGAGCAGGUGAGAAGUUGUAUGUAUAAAGUGCCCAUUGGGGUAAACCUAGAUUUUUUUUGACUCUGAAUUCUGAUUUGACUUGUUUUUGUCACACAUUCCUGCUCCCACGGAGACUGGACUAUAUGACAAUAAAAAUGUUUAAAGAAAUACCA